CACACACACACACACACACACACACACACACACACACACACACAAAUAAAAAAAGAGAAAUAAAGAAAAAAAUACUAAACGCUUUAAAAUCUGCUGACCUGCUGAGCUGACCCCCGCUGACGCUUGCUGACGCUGCCUGGCUGACGUUUCUCACUCAACCACUCACUCCUGACGCCCCCCAAUGGGUCUUUCAGCUCAUUAGGAUAUGCUGACACCGUGCUGACCUCGUGCUGACCUCGUGCUGACAACGUGCUGACUCCAGGAUGAGGGAACGCACGGGUGCUGACGCCUGGCGGAGGAGAAGAGAAGGUUACACCCCAAGAUCAGCAGCUGACGUCAGGAGUUCGCUCGCUGACACCCCCUCCUCCUCCUUCCCUUCCUCCUCCUUCCUCCCUUCCUCCCGUGCUGACCCUCUCUCCCGGCUGACAUCCGGCCAUGCUUACUCCCCGCUGAGUAGAAUCCGCGCUGACAUCAACAGGGAUAUGACCAGACUACGUGCUGACGCCCUGGCUGACACCUCGCGGCUGACGUCAGACUUCACAGGGGACAGAGAACCAGGAUUGCUGACUCCUAGACGCGCUGACAGCAUAGUGGACAGGAUUCUUGGUGCUGACAGGUCCAGAACAUCCCCGCUGACGUCAGCACGCGUGUUUCCUGACAGUGCUGACUCCAGGCUGAGGUCAGGAAGUGGGACCCCCGUCAGACUCAGCAGGGAAAGGCCUGAUUUGAUUCCUGCUGACGAUAUACCGAUUCGAGUCAGCAGGAGGUCAGCGGAUGUCAGCAGAGAGUCAGCAAGUGUCAGGGGUGGCUCUGCUGACUUCAGGGAGAGAUCAGGUGACUCCAGACCCAUCCAUGUGAAGAUUGAGAGGUCAGCGACUCCUUCUGAAAAGUCAGCAAAUGUCAGAAGAGCGUCAGCAGAUACCAGGGGCAGAUCAGCUGACUUCAGAGACAGAUUUGCUGACUUUGGAAGCAUCCCGGUGAAAACUGCGAGGUCAGCUACUCCUGCUGACGUCUGGGAGAAAUCAGCGGAUGUCAGCAGGGCGUCAGCAGAUAUCAGGGGCGGGUCAGCUGACUUCAGAGAUAGAUAUGCUGACUACAGAAGCAUACCGGUGAAGACUGUGAGGUCAGACACUCCUGCUGACGUCUGGGAGAAAUCAGCGGAUGUCAGCAGGGCGUCAGCAGAUAUCAGGGGCGGGUCAGCAGACUUCAGAGAUAGAUUUGCUGACUACAGAAGCAUACCGGUGAAGACUGCGAGGUCAGACACUCCUGCUGACGCCUGGGAGAAAUCAGCGGAUGUCAGCAGAGAGUCAGCAGAUAUCAGGAGUGGGUCAGCUGACUUCAGAGAGCGGUCAGCUGGUCUGACGGCCAUCCCGGUAAAGAUAGAGAGGUCAGUCACACCUGCUGACAUCAGAGAGAACGUCAGCACUGAGUCAGCAAAUAUCAGGAGCGGGUCAGCUGACUUCAGAGAGAGAUCAGCUGACGUUAGACCCAGCCACUUGGAGAAUGAGUUGUCAACCCCACCUGCUGACGUCAAAGAAGUGCCAGCAAACGUCAGCAGCGCGUCAGCAGGUACAGAAUCGGUUAAAAUGGACAAUAUGGCCGCCCCUGCUGACGUCAGAGAGAAGUCACGUGACCGUACCCCCGUCAGCAUUCCAAUCGUCAGAGAGAGGUCAGCAGAUGUCAGGAGCGAAUGUGCUGACGACGGGAAGGAGUCAGCAGGCGAAAUACCGAUUAAAGUUGAGGUUCUGAAGUCAGCUGAUGAUACUACGACCAGUGCUGACGUUCCUGCUGCACCUGCUGACGCCGAGGGUGACAUUUCUACUACUGCUGACGUCAGGAGGGAGUCAGCAGGCGAGAUACCGAUCAAAGUUGAGGUUCUGAAGUCAGCUGAUGAUAUAACGAUUAGUGCUGACGCUCCUGCUGACGCUGAGGCUGACACUUCUACUACUGCUGACGUCAGGAGGGAGUCAGCAGGCGGAGUACCGAUUAAGGUAGAGGUCCUUAAGUCAGCAGAUGAUACUACGACCAGUGCUGACGUUCCUGCUGACACUAAUGCUGCUGACGUCAGGAGGGAGUCAGCAGGCGAGAUACCGAUCCCAGUUGAGAUUCUGAAGUCAGGAGAUGAUACUUCGACCAGUGCUGACGCUCCUGCUGACGCCGCUGACACCACCACCACCACCACCACUGCUGAGGUCAGACAUUUUCCUGACGUCAGCAUUACAGUCACACCAGUAAACGAUGCUGACUCGAUUGCUGACACCCACACAACACCACAAGCUGACACCACCACCACCACCACCACCACCACCACCUCCACCUCACCACCAUCAGCUGACAUUAGUAACAGCACGCCGUCAGCACCAGAGUCAGCAAGUGGAAAUGCUGACAUCGAACCCAUUGCUGACCUCCGUGAGCUGACACCUGGAAGACUGAGGAAGAUGGAGAGGAAGGAGGGGGACAUGCUGACAGCCGCUAAGGAGGGGAACGUGGAGAUGCUGACGAGGUUGCUGACGUCAGGAGAGGCUGCUGACACCCUGAACGAAAGGCUGCAAACUCCCUUACAUUUGGCCGCGAGAGGGGGACACCUGUCUGCAGUCACCCUGUUGCUAGACCACGGUGCAAGAAUUGACGCCGAGGACAGAGACAGACAGACCCCCUUGCACUGUGCCGUCGACUCCGGGGAUAUCCAGGUGACAGAAACCUUAAUUAACAGGGGGGCGGAUACGCAGGUGAAGGAGAAAGUGAGGGGGCGCACUCCCCUACACCUGGCUACCCUGGGGGGACACCUGGAGAUUAUGAAGCUGUUUCUCGCUCCGAUGAUUGAAGACCCGUGGGAAGGAAGGAGAGUUUUAAAAAUGGCGGACAAGGAUGGGCGUUCCCUCCUACACCUCUCUACACACAAUGGGUUACAAGCGGCUACGGAGCUCCUGUUAGCGGCCGGAGCAGUCGUUAACGCAAGGGAUAGCGCCGGCCUGACCCCAAUGCAUACGGCCAUACUCAGCAGAAGUCAGCAGGAGGGGGGGUGUACCAGACUCCUCUCUCUACUCUUGGAAGCAGGAGGGAAGAAGGAAGAGGAGGAGGAGGAGGAGGAGGAGGAGGGGGAGGAAGGAGGCCUCAUGCAUAUAGCCGCCAAGAUGGGAUGUGUUACCUGCUUAGAUCUGCUUAUUAAAAAGGGCGCGAAAGUAGACAAGAAGGACAAGCUCGGUCGUACGCCACUCCAUAUCUCAAUCUUGAACAACCAAACACAAAUGCUGACCUAUCUUGCUGACCGCGGCGCUGACCUCGAAGCCAGCGACAGGAGGGGUCAGCGGGCCCUCCACCAUGCUAUCCUGACUGACGACGCUGACCUGCUGACCUUCCUGCUGACGCUAGAAGUGGAUAAGUCAGCGGUUGAGAGAACAGGUCUGACCCCUCUGCAGUUUGCGUUGUCGAAGAAGAAGUUGAAUUCGUUUGAGGUUUUGGUCAGACACGGCAUAACAGACGUGGGCGGGGAAACGGACGCCCUUCAGUACUGUGCGGGCGUGGGCAGUCAACAGGGCAUCAAUAUACUACUAGCUAAUGGCCACGAAAUCAACCAAAGAGACGGAGACAAGCGCACUCCCCUCCACCAUGCUAUUCAGGCCGGGCAAGAGGAGACAGCGGGGCACCUAAUUAACCUGGGCGCCAAUACGGUCACCAGCGACAACACGGGAGCGACGCCCCUUCACUAUGCGGUCAGAUGGGGGGGCUCCGACGCUGUACUAAGAAGACUCGUAAGAGGAGGAGGAGGAGGAGGAGGAGGGGGUGUUGCCGUAGGGGUGAAUGCAGUCGACAGGCUUGGAAGGACCCCACUACACUAUGCAGCGAGUGAGUAUAUUACCACGCGGUAG